AGACAGACACACACUAACUAGCUGAAUAAUCGAAAGGAUCCAACCAACAUUAAAAAAAGAAAUCUGUAAGGCCAAAGACUCGAGGGCCACCUCAGCAGGCCAGUCAGCGAAGCAUUUCUUCCACCAUGGUUGACAACAUCGUCAGGAAGCCCAUCGGGUUAGUUCUACUCGCCGCGGCUCACAUGGUCUUCGGGGGCCCCAGUCCAGCAAAGUUCACCGGGACCCUGGGCAGCAACUUCACCUUCCAUUUUAGAUUUAAUGACCCUAUCAUUAAUCAGAGCAGUCGUUUUGGUGUUUACAUAACAGGCGAAAAAAAAAUUGCAGAGCACCGAGGGCAGAAAGGCAACUUAGGAGGAGGUGUUUUUGACAUUUACCAAAACCAUUCUGUUCUGUACCGCAUAGAAAAACUUAAACAGAAUGACAGUGGAAUUUAUUGGGCUUCGUUGUUUGCUGACAAGGGACUUGUUACAAAAAGUAACAAGGUGCAGCUGUCCGUCCAAGAUGGGAACAGAAGCGUCGAAGUUUCUCCUCAGCCGAUUAACAAAACAAUAACCUCAGGAAGUCCUGCUCCCUUUUCCCUUUACGUCGUCCCCGUCCUUGUGGCUCCUGUCGUGCUGCUGGCUGCGGCACUUCCACUGCUGAUCUGGUGUCUGGUGAAAACCAAAGAGAAACAACAACAACCACCACCAAACUCUAAUCCCACAGUGCAGGAAACAGUUGCUGGGUCCAGCACCGGGCCUCCACCCUCACUAAUCUACAGCGUCCUGGACUUUGCCAAAAGACCUCCUGCAGCUUUGGACACGAGGCCCAAUGACACAGAGUACGCCGCUGUCGGCUAUCUCACCGAAAAGAGACGAAUGUGACGCACAGAUGAAUGUAAACCUGCUGGUCUCUCUUAGUCUGAGUAUCAGUUUCGUCUGAUGACUCUUUGUAAGGAAGCCAAAAGCUCCUCAGGCACACAUGUUUUAGUAUCAGUGCUGAAUGUAUUUUAAUCAAUAAUUUUUAUUUGAGUCAAGUUGAGCUUGUGAACUUCUCCAAAUUAUGUCGUUUGUCUAAUUCGCCACAAUCCUCCUUCCUGGUUUGGCGGCCUGUUAAAGCUGUAGAGUGAUUUCCCAUCACUCCCUUCGCUUGCACCCCCCCGCUGCUGCGUCACAUAUUGCUGCUGGUUGAUUCAGCACCUCCCCCCCACCCCAGCAGCCCAACUAGGGGGGUUAUAAAUAUUUGCUCGUCAGUACCAUUAUGUCUAUGUAAUCAUAUCUGGGGGAGUGUUGAAGUCGGAGCCUGGACGCUAAACACUAACUAUGUUCUACUGCAAUAAACUUUUCAAGCCUGA